GCGAGGCGGCAGCUGUGACAGAACUUACUGAGACAGGCCCCGCUCACCGGCUGCAGUCACUGUUAGACGUCUCACGCCGCAGCUCGUUACUCGCAACUCCCCGUAUCAUGUUCCCCCGCGCCUGCUCCCGGGCCGUGCUUCCUGCGGUGCUGCUCGCUGUCCUGGCCGUGUCAGUGCAGUUAAUCCGGGGCUGGCUCAACACGAAAUCCUAUGUCUUUACCCAAGCGGAGAUCGCAGGGCUGGCCAAGGAGCACUCUGGUCUUGAUUAUGAAGUUGCCUUUUCUAAGAUAAUCAUUGAGCUACGGAAGAAGCACCCAGGACACAUAUUGCCAGACGAGGACUUGCAGUGGGUGUUUGUCAACGCUGGGGGCUGGAUGGGUUCCAUGUGUCUCCUGCACGCCUCACUCACGGAAUACGUCUUACUGUUUGGCACAGCUGUGGACACCAGUGGUCACUCAGGCCGUUACUGGGCGGAGAUCUCAGACACUAUACUCUCAGGGACAUUUCGUCAAUGGAAAGAAGGGACGACCAAAAGUGAGAUCUUCUAUCCAGGUGACACCAUUGUACAUGAAGUAGGAGAGGCCACCUCUGUCCAGUGGAGCUCCGGCACGUGGAUGGUGGAGUACGGUCGUGGGUUUAUCCCGUCUACGCUGGGCUUUGCUUUGGCUGACACCAUUUUUAGCACCCAAGACUUUCUGACUUUAUUCUACACUGUCAAGGUUUACACAAAAGCGCUCAUCCUGGAGACCAGCACUUGCUUUUCUGAGCUGGGAAUAUUUUAACCGUGAAGAGAAGAUAACCACUUGCUUUCAUGCUGCGUCCAACUGGUAUUUCUGCCACUUCAAUGCUGGAUAAAAGGAGGUGUUACUGACCAGCUCACGUUCUGUAAACUCAGUUAAACGUGAUAAUUCAAUUUCACAUUAAUAAUGACAACAGAUUGGCAUCCUGCUUAUUCAGUGUCACAGUCCAACGAUUAAAACUAAGCUGUGCUCUGAUGCCCACUCUAAGCGCCAACAGUGGGCAUAUCCCAGCUCCCUCAUCCAAAGGAAACCAUUGCCUAAUCUUCUACACAAAUUGUUUUGUACAUGGUGUCCUGUGGACACCUUGUUGGGUUCUUUUUGUGAGGUUUGUUCACUGUCCUGACCCAUCUUCUUAUUGUUUUAUGGACCAGAGAGCGACAGUAGAAUUGUCUUAGGGAUAACCGGUAGCAAUUCUCUUUAUUGCACAUUAAAGAGGGUAUUUUAAAAUGGUGUACAGGUCUGUUUCACGUUUAUAUAAUGAACAAACCAUUUUGUUUCCAUUCUUCUAUGUCCUUGUCAAUUAAAUAUGUUCUGCUAGUUGUAAAGGGGCAUUCUAGACCCUAUGUCACUAGUGUUUAUUUUACAGAUAAAUCCUUCCUUCCGUAAACUACCAAGGUAAACCCUGGCUCUGCUGCUUUUCACUGCGCUCUAGGUUUAUGGCCCCCAGCAUUAGUCGCUUAUUGCUUUAAUGUCCCUUGUAAACUAUGUGUUUACACCCUUUAGCAGACCUAUGUAGGAGCUGUUGCACAUUACAAUUUCUGGUUACAUAUUGUACUAAUUAGCUAAUAUAUAUAGCUGCAGUUUGUUGUAGCUUCCAAGCUAUGUGUUUAACUUUAGGGGGGCACACUAGACUACAUUUUUAUGUUCAUUUCAAUGUCCCUUUAAUGACACAGGGACUAGAAUGUUCUAAGAUUAAAUGUAAAUAACAUAAAACCUAAUUUUUAUGCCAACAAUGAACCUAUACUAUAGACCUCAUAGGAAUUAGUUGCCUUUUUUCCCUUUAUACAGAAUACACAGCAAGGCUUUUAUUUCAGAAUGAUAUGAAGAAGACACGUGCACAGCAGUUUUAUUUAUAGCAAAUGAUCUACACUUUCUGUGCAAUGACAAGUGAUCAUGUGUUCAAGGGACGUUAAGAACUAAAUACAUUUUAUAAUCAUAGUAUUGUUAUUCCCCUCCUCCCUCGCGGCAUGGGGCCGCCAUGUUGAAAACUAGCUUUCACUUUUUCCGAUGCGUAAGUAUUUGCACACGUGCAGCAAGUCUCCCUCCGAUACCUGCAGUGUAACCUAGAUUACAAAAUGACAUCACCCAUAAUUAGAGGGGGAGGUGCAUGAAAUGUAUUUAGUGUUAUAGAGUUGCACUUCUAAUGCUCCUAUAGUCUCUUUUAAACCCCAAAUAGAGCAGCAAUUUUAAGCAACUUUCUAAUUUACUCCUAUUAUCAAUUUUUCUUAGUUCUCUUGGUAUCUUUAUUUAAAAAAGCAGGAAUGUAAGCUUUGGAGCCGGCCCAUCUUCGGUUCAGCAUCUGGGUAGCACUUUCAGAUUGGUGUCUAAAAUGUAGCCACCUAUCAGCACUACCCAGGUGCUGAACCAAAAAUGGGCCGGAUCUUAAGCUUACAUUCAAAUAAAGACACCAAGAGAACGAAGAAACAUUGAAAUUAGGAGAUAAAUUAGAAAGUUGCUUAAAAUUGCUGAAAAUCUGAAUCAUAAAAGUUUUAUUUUGACUAAACUAUCCCUUUAACUGUAGCUCUAAAAGAUGAUUUUUGUUUUUUAAUGAUGUCACAAUCAUCAUCACAUCUGGUUUUGUUUUUGGGGAUACCAUUUCCUUACAAAUAUCUGUUUUGUUUAGAGAGAGAAAUAUAUGCAAUUGUUUAAAUAAAGCAUCCAACACUAUUUUGUAAAA